AUGGGUUCGUCGCAGCCGCCCUCAGAUCCUUUUCUGCCUUUUGGCUACACCCUCGACUCGACUCAAGAUCCUCCUCUCCCCGAUCCGCCCGAGCCCGCGCCCGGCGAUCCGCUCCUAACAGACAAUGACAACAGACUCCUGGACUCGUUCUUUCAGGACAUCAAUGCUGAUCACUACAACAUGCCCUCGUUUGGCGAGGGACUCAACUUCAGUGACACUUGGCUUGAUCUACCACCACAGUUUAUGGGGACUUCAACUACUUUCGGCCAUCACCCAGGUUCUUCCCUCCCUGAACCAACAGGCCAAGGGCUUCCCAAUAACCUGGGCGACUUCCACGGCAUGAUGCCUAUGGAACCAAACAUGAUGCCGCCGCCUCCCCCACCGCCACCUCAGUCACAGCACCAACUAGACCACCAACUAGAUCAUCGACAUACGCCCGACGACGUUCUUCAUGCCGCCGCGACGCUGCUUCAUAAUGGAUCCGCCCAACGGCAAGCUUCUAACGGAGUUGAUGCAUCCCUGCAACGACGGAUGACAGCCCCCAUAGUGGGACACCUUCAACAUCAACCACUAGAAGAGUUUCGUGAAGAGCAUCGACGCAGUGUAGCGGCCAGCGAGCAAGAGCACUACCCAGACUGGAUGUCGGGACCACAGGAAAGGCGUCAACAUCGAGCACCACCGGCUGAGUAUCAGUGGGGAUCUGACGCGAAUUUCAGUCGAGUCCAAGGGUACAUGCCAAAUUCAGAAAAGGAAACGGCGGAAUCUUUGACCAAGGAGCAGCUCAAGUACCUCGAGUGUUUUGAGCCGAGCCAGAGUGCCGAUAAUACGCGACCCAGCAGCCCGGUCCAUACCAAGAUGGCACCCCCUCAAAAUAGGUUGGCACAGGCCGUAAAGCCACUGCCAGAGACAGACGCGCCACCGCGCAAAAGGCGGAAGAGCCGGAAUAGCAAGGAAGGACCGGACGAGGAUGCACAAGACGAGACAACCGCACCAAAGUCGAAUAGGAGACGAAAGUCCAAGUUGGAACGGCUGGGCUCAACAUCUUCUGGACCGACAGAUGAAGUCUCAACAGGCAAACGUCGAAAAUCCAUGGCUAAUGGGGCCAAGGCAGCGCGGGAGAACCUUACAGAGGAACAAAAACGAGAAAACCAUAUACGAAGCGAGCAGAAACGACGAACACUCAUUAAGGAGGGAUUUGAGGACCUCUGUGACCUUGUGCCUGGGCUUCGUGGAGGUGGAUUUAGUAAAAGCACAAUGCUGACAAUGGCAGCAGAAUGGCUGGACGAUCUGCUCAAAGGAAACGAGGUGCUGUCAGCUCAACUGGCGGCUUUGGAAGGAGGAAAAUAA